UGCCUGCUUCUCGGCUCCCUGUUCGCCGCCAUCUUGAAUUGGGGCUUCAUUGUUCGUUCUGGGCCGGGCGUUUUAGUGUCAAUUGGCGCCGAAGAAGAACGCGAAGUAACCUCGGGUCAGCCGAGAAAGCCCGCUGUUUCGCAGUCAUAGCUCCUCAAACGCUUUGGGAAUUAGUGAAGGGCAGGGAGCUGGACGGAGAGGCGUCGCCGCGACAGCAGCAGCCAUGGAGGACGAGAUGCCCAAGACUCUAAACUGCCAGAAAUAUCUGGAACUUAACCUUUUUAGUACGUUGAUUUGGGAAUAUCAAAUAAUGAAGACAACUUCAGCAUUCUCAGGCCAGUCUACAAAAGCAGAUACGUCGGUAACCUUUCCAGAGAUGUGACAGAAGCUCUAAUCCUCCAGCUCUUUAGCCAGAUUGGACCUUGUAAAAACUGCAAAAUGAUUAUGGAUGUAAGGACAGCUGGAAAUGAUCCAUACUGUUUUGUGGAGUUUCAUGAGCAUCGCCAUGCAGCUGCAGCACUAGCUGCUAUGAAUGGGCGGAAGAUAAUGGGUAAGGAAGUCAAAGUGAAUUGGGCAACAACCCCCAGCAGUCAAAAGAAAGAUACAAGCAGUAGUACCGUUGUCAGCACACAGCGUUCACAAGAUCAUUUCCAUGUGUUUGUUGGUGAUCUCAGUCCAGAAAUUACAACUGAAGAUAUAAAAGCAGCUUUUGCACCAUUUGGAAGAAUAUCAGAUGCCCGAGUGGUAAAAGACAUGGCAACAGGAAAGUCUAAAGGAUAUGGCUUUGUCUCCUUUUUCAAUAAAUGGGAUGCUGAAAACGCCAUUCAACAGAUGGGUGGCCAGUGGCUUGGUGGAAGACAAAUCAGAACAAACUGGGCAACACGAAAGCCUCCAGCUCCAAAGAGUACUUAUGAGUCAAACACAAAACAGCUGUCAUAUGAUGAGGUUGUAAAUCAGUCUAGUCCAAGCAACUGUACUGUAUAUUGUGGAGGUGUUACUUCUGGGCUAACAGAACAACUAAUGCGUCAGACUUUUUCUCCAUUUGGACAAAUAAUGGAAAUUCGAGUCUUUCCAGAUAAAGGAUAUUCAUUUGUUCGGUUCAAUUCCCAUGAAAGUGCAGCACAUGCAAUUGUUUCUGUAAAUGGUACUACCAUUGAAGGUCAUGUUGUGAAAUGCUAUUGGGGCAAAGAGACUCUUGAUAUGAUAAACCCCGUGCCACAGCAAAAUCAAAUUGGAUAUCCACAAGCUUAUGGCCAGUGGGGCCAGUGGUAUGGAAAUGCACAACAGAUUGGCCAGUAUAUGCCUAAUGGUUGGCAAGUACCUGCAUAUGGAAUGUAUGGCCAGGCGUGGAACCAGCAGGGAUUUAAUCAGACACAGUCUUCUGCACCUUGGAUGGGACCAAAUUACGGAGUACCACCACCUCAAGGGCAGAAUGGCAGCAUGUUGCCCAGUCAGCCUGCGGGGUAUCGAGUGGCAGGGUAUGAAACCCAGUGAAAAUGGACUCCAGCAUCUAAAGCCAGUGGCUUGAGGCUACAGGGAGUGUAGUGAAGCCGUUGUUUACUUAAAAGAUUUAUCUAACAGUCAGUGCAAAUGUCAGAUACAAUGUAUUUAUUUAAGAGAUUCAUUUUUAAAUCAUGAAAUUACUUAUCAUCCACACUGUUUGAAAAAGAAACAAGAUGCUGGAUGUCUGCCAAUUUUUGCCUUCAUUAUCUUUUUUGAUAAAGUUUCUCAGAUCCUUGUUUCAAAUACAAAUGCAGGGAUUGCUGCCACUUUUAAAAAUUAAGAGGCAGAAAAUUGCACAAUGUUGAACUUUUUUCACUAAAGUAGCGUGCAGUUCUAGUUUGCAUUCCUGGUAUGAUUUAAAACAUGUAAUAUAAAGAUGCAAAAAGAGAAAAACCAAACCUGUGCAAAGUCUGGAAGGUCUUUGUAAUCUUCAGCUUGUGCACAAUUUUGUUUUAGGUUAAAAAAAUAAACAGACAUUGUUUGAGCUGUCCUAUCUCCUCUGUUAUCCCUUUGGAGUUUUUAAAUAUAAAUAGUUUACAUCAUUUUUGUAUCUACAUUUUUUCACAAAUUUGUCCUGCCUUAUUAAAGUUCUGUACAAUACACUUAAAUGGAAAAGAAUGAUGUUCUCUUAGAUUGAAAAUUUUUCUCAGAUGGAUUGAUAAUUGUAUUCAUCUUGUGUUUUAUAUAUGAGAAGGUGCCUCAAGAAUUCCCUGUUGGAUUUGUUUAAAUGAUUUUUAUCUUCUGUGAUAAACUUUGCUGUGUACCAGGAACUGUAAAAACAAAAACUAAAAUGUGAUAAGUUUUUAUACCAUGUCAGUUUCAUCUGUCAACUUCUACAUUUACAUGUACUAUUUCAUUAUGUAAAAUGUUUUAGCAAGUUAAUAUUUUGCACAGUUAGCAAACUUUGUAUGUAAUUUUCUUAAAGGCAUCAUUCAUAGUUGACAUGAGAUUUAUAAGGUUUUAAGUUGUUUGCAUGUGGAUAUCAAAUACACACUUUGGUAGUCUUUGAAUACAGUCAUCCUGCUCUUGUUUUUCAAGAAUUUUGAGACAAAGUUGUAUGUAAAAAGAAUAUAUUAACUUGCUGUUUUCUAGUUAGAUUUACUUAAAAAGAGUAAAUCAACUUAAUUUUAAUAUGUACAAAUGAUAGCUGUGAAACUGUAGAAAUUCUUAUGUCAGGCUUGGGAUUCAUUGUGAACCUCCAAAAUUAGCCUGAAGGACCAGCCGGGCAAAGCAUUUUUUUUUUUUUUAAUGUUCAGAGGCCAAAAGAUGAACAAAACAAACAAACAAAAAAACCCUUGAAAUCCUACCUCCUUAAAUAGCCUUCAAAGAAGAGAAUCCUCAGUGCAAUCAUUAUUUUGAUUCUUUUGGUACCUGUUUUCUUGGAGUUCCCAAAUUUAUUAUUUUGGGGUAGCUCUGAGCAGUAAGAGGUUUAAUCUUUGAUGGCAUUAUUCUAGUUUUGAGAUUUCUAUUACAUUUCAGAGUCUUAGAAGAGUUGUGGGACUUUGGUUUUGUUUUGUUUUUAGUGAAGGUCACAAACCUCCUCCUCCUUGACUCAAUUGGUGGUUUUUAAGACCUUCAGAGAGCUCCCAGCAUUUUAUUUAAGAACAGAAAAGGCCCUCGGAAUCAUCAGUUUCCUGGCCUAUGUUCUAGGUAGGAGCAAAUGAUUCUAAGCUGGUCUCUAAGCCAGUACCCUUGUAAACCAGAGCCUAGGAAAGACAGCUCUAAGUGCAUAAUUCUCUGGAGCUGAAUUCUAUGCAGUCAUACUGAUGUUUCAUUAAGUCACUGUGUAUUUUUAAGUAUUGAAACAUUAAAAUUUGCUUUAUGGAAGAUGAGUAAAUUUUUUAAAUAACUUGCAAAUUUUAUUUCUUAACAUCUACAGAUCAGGGCAUGUAACCAAAAUUAGGUUAAACUAAAUACUCAAAAACAAUCAGGAAGGUAUUUUUAGAUUUCUAUUUUAGGACACUCAUGAUUUUUCUCUUACCAAAAAAAGAUUUUCUAUCCUGUACAUCUCAUGGACUACAGGGUAAUCUGUUUGGACAUAAAAUUUAAUCUGAACAAAAGUAUAGUUUUCCUUUCAUUUUGACUAUUUCAAUUAAUAACAGUUUUCAUUAGCCAGUAUAUUUUGUUGCUGACAAAUCGUAAAAUGUACAUUCACUUCUUUUUGAGAAGAAAGUGGUGCCAGUGUUCAUGUUGGAAAGGUUACUGCUGAACAAAUUCACAUUCAGGAACAUUGCUUACUUUGGCUUAAAUCUUAGUGAUAAAAUUUUUUCAAUAAAAAAAUCAUACUGAUAUUAGUAUCAGGUAAGGAAAUUAAAGUUUUUUAAAUGAUUUCAUUCUCUGCAAUAUGCAUUCAGAUUUUAUUCUGGUACUGUAAAGAACCUGAAGUAAUUCACUCUCAAUGGGUCGUUAAUCCAGUAUUCUUUACCCUGACUGUUUGGAUAUUAAAGUUCUUUUAUGUUUUCUAUAACCUGUGGGAUCUUCUUGCAGUGAUUCUUGUGUGUGAGAAUUUUUUUUAUCUAGCCAUAUUGUUAUAUUCACUCAGAUAUUUGUUAAUAUUUUUAAAGCUUAUUCCAGAAACCAUGUUUUACAUUGGGUUACUAUUUAAUACCACUCUGUUCUGCAG